AUGAAGUCGGGUAGGUCGCUACAUGAGGCACAGCGCGAGCUGCAUACAACCGCCUCCCGAAGAAUACCACUUGGACACCGUGAUGGUCAAGUGGUUCCCUCUAAGAGUGGAUGGCCGGACGUGCAUGUUUCCGACUAUAGAGAAAAAAAGCAACUCACAUCGACUGUUGUAACCGCGCGGGCCGCUGAUCUAAGAACUACUUCGAAGAAAAGGCAGAUGUGUCAAGGGCUCCCAGCCUACACCACUGAACAGCGUAGGUUGGGAGUCCCUGACGCAUCUGCCCUGCGGCCGUUGCUUAUGUUCUUCCGCGCGGGGUGA